CCAUUUCGUCGCUCCGCCGCCAUUUCAAACGUCCCGGAACAAAGCGCACAGAUUAGCACAGUGCUACCGCGCUACUUUACAAAAAUAUAAUCUGUUAUUUUAGCUGUUAAACAGAUUUUUUUUUUUCAAUUACUUGUUUUUGGUGUUAGUUUGCAUGUCAGAAAAAGAAGAAACGCCGAAAAUGUCGUCUGAUGCUGCAGCAGAGAAACCAGGCCAAGGAAAUGCACUGAAUGGAAAGCCCGGCCAUGAGUCCAGGAAGGAGAGGUCAUCUAAGCGAGGCGGCGGUGGUAGAUACGAGCCGUACGCCAACCCCUCCAAGAGAUAUCGUGUUUUUGUGAGCAACAUUCCUUAUGAUGUCAAAUGGCAGGCGCUGAAGGACCUAAUGAAGGAAAAAGUGGGUGAGGUAACGUACGUGGAACACUUAAUGGACGCGGAAGGCAAAUCAAGGGGAUGCGCGGUGGUUGAGUUUAGAACUGAAGAGUUAAUGAAGAAGGCUGUGGAAAAGGUCAAUAAACACAACAUGAAUGGACGUCCUUUAAAAGUGAAAGAGGACCCAGAUGGAGUGAUUGCCCAGCGUGAAGCCCAGAGGUCUCAGGGUGGUGGUGGAGGACCUCCUGGUGGUAUGGGUGGAGGGAUGGGGGGUGGAAUGGGUAUGGGUCCCGGACCUGGUGCUCCUCCCAUGGUCAACAUCCCGCCGAGUCUCCUGAACAAUCCAAACAUUCCUAAUGAGAUCAUCCAUGGCCUUCAAGCUGGCAAGAUCGGAAGUACAGUUUUUGUGGCAAAUCUUGAUUACAAGGUGGGCUGGAAGAAGCUGAAGGAGGUGUUUAGUAUGGCUGGGGUCGUCGUUCGCACCGACAUCCUAGAGGACAAAGAUGGCAAGAGCAGGGGCAUGGGGACAGUCACCUUUGAGAUGCCCAUUGAAGCUGUGCAAGCAGUCUCCAUGUUCAAUGGCCAGCUCCUGUUCAAUCGAACCAUGCAUGUUAAGUUGGAUGAGAAAUCAAUGCCCAAGGGUGACUUUGCACCCCCUGAGAGACCACCUGCACUGCCCCGUGGUCUGAGUGGUAUUGGUCUGGGAUUGGGGCCUGGAGGACAACCCAUUGAUGCUACACAGCUGAAUCGUGGUGGAGGGAUGAGCAAUAUGGGACCUGGAGGAAUGGAUGGAAUGGGAUUUGGUGGCAUGGGUAGAAUGGGAGGAAUGGAUAAUUUUGGAGGUGGAAUGAACAACAUGGAUCGUUUUGGGCCAUCAGGAAUGGGGAGGAUGAAUGACAUGGAUCGUGGAAUUGGCGCUGCCUUUGACAGAGAAUUUGGUGGCCGCAGUGAGAUGGGCAUGUCCCGCAAUAACUUUGGGGACUCCUUUGACAGAGGAAUGGGUAACUCCAUGGGAAUGGAUCGCAUGAGCUCAGGCAUGGACAGACUUGGUGCCAACAUGGAUCGCAUGGGCAGCCUGGACAGAAUAGGGAUGGAUCGCAUGGACCGUGUGUCUGACCUGGACAGGAUGGGUUCUAGUUUUGAUCGCAUGGGCUCAGGCAUGGAUCGUCUGGGGCCCAGCAUGGACAGGCUGGGAUCAGGCCUAGACCGUAUGAGCUCAGGUCUGGACCGCCUGGGUCCAUCCAAUUUUGACCGUCUAGGCCCGUCCAGCCUGGACCGCAUGAGUGCAGGCAUGGACUUCACCUCACCAAUGGGCAUGGACAGGAUGAAUACUGGUCUCGACCGCAUGGGCUCCAACUUUGAGCGAAUGGGCUCGGGUGGGCUGGACCGUUUCCCAGCCCCGGGGAUGGACCGCAUGGGUUCCAGCAUUGACCGAAUGGACCGCAUGGGCUCUGCUGGUGUAGGAGGGCAGUUUGAUCGAGGUGCAGAUAUGGACCGUGGAAACUUUGGCAGCUUUGGCUCAGUGGGACAAGGAGGACCGGGAGCUGGAGUCAAUGCCAGAAAGGGCUGCCAGAUCUUUGUCAGAAAUCUGCCAUUUGAUUUUACAUGGAAGAUGCUGAAGGAUGCCUUCAAUUCAUGUGGUAUGGUGCAGUAUGCUGAUAUUAAGAUGGAAAACGGCAAGUCAAAGGGUUGUGGCGUGGUGCGCUUCGACAGCCCUGAAACAGCAGAACGCGCUUGCCGCACCAUGAACGGCUAUCGACUUAAUGGGAGAGAGAUUGAUGUGAGGAUUGACAGAAAUGCGUAAUCCACCAGAGAUCCUACCCCCUGUUUGCCUUCUCAACUUCUAUACAGAGCUCUCAACCCUUCAUUACAUUUCUACUGGUGCAGUUUUAGUUUUUGCUUGCUUAAAAAUUUUUAGAGACCAAAUUUUAUUUUUCUUACCCUCCCCAUGUUUUAUCCUUAAGUUACUCAGAAAUGACCUUUUGUUAAAGAUUUGCCAAUAAAUCUCAAAUGUUGAGA